CCUCCCUCCCCAGUCCCCCACCCGCACUCCCGCCAGCCUCUGUGCUGGACUUCCGCAUUUGCCAUGCCCCGCCGCCGGCGCCGGCCGCGGCCGCGGCAGACGUCGACCGCGAAACCGCAGCCGCCCACCGUCACUACCAUUCACUCCCUCGGUGACGACCUCCUCCGCGAGAUCUUCCUCCGCCUCCCCUCACUCCCGAGCCUAGUCCGCGCCGCCCUCACCUCCCGUGCCUUCCUCGCCGUAAUCCGCUCCCCCGCCUUCCGCUGCCGCUUCCGCGCGCUCCACCCGCCCCCUCUCCUCGGAUUCUUCUUCGAAUCCAUCGGCGAAGACGUCCCCUCCUUCUCCCCCAUCCGCCGCCGCUGCGACCCAGACAUCGCUGCCGCUGUCCGCGGCGCGGAUGUCUUCCUCACCAGGAUACCCUACCACGAAGAUGCUUCCCCCGGGUGGAAGAUCAAAGACUGCCGUGGCGGCUGCCUCCUCCUCCUCAACUAUAGAACCGAGCAGAUCGCCGUCUACAACCCCCUCACGCGGGCCCUGGAUUUGUUCCCCACGCCACCCCAUGACAGCAAGUUCCGCUACAUGAAUUACUUCUUGCUCUACUCCGACCAGAGCCCCGGUUCGUUCCGCGUGGUAUACUCCUGCCACGACAAGUCAAGAGUGCGCGCUUCCAUCUUCUCAUCAGACACCAGGGAGUGGCAAAUUCUCCCCUGGUCGGAGGCCGCCCCAGCACAGCCGUCAGGCAAGAAGCACUGGCUUCUCAGUGGCACACAGGUGAACGGGAAUCUGUACUGGGCACACGCCAAGCAGGCCUACAUGGUGGUCCUGGACACUGCAACGCUGCAAUUUUCCUUUAUCGAUCUGCUGGAGCACUUGAAGGGGCAGGGCUAUCUCUACAAGCUCGGGGCGGCCAAGGAUGGGAAGCUCUGCAUGGUGUCCGUAGAUGAAUUUGCACUGUGCACUUGGUUGCGGAGAGCAGAUGAUAGCGGUGCUGAGAAGUGGAUGCUUCACAGUGUGAUACCAUUGGUGGGAGAGAUUCUUCAGGCUACCGAGAUCCCAGAAGAUGAACUUUAUGAGCACUGCCUCAAAGUAGAUGCAGUUCUUGAUGGCAUUGUGUAUAUGUCAAUACUUGGAGAACAUACUUCGCCUUCUUGGUUCCUUUCCUUCUGCCUGGAAACAAGGAAACUGGAGAAGCUCUUUCAGAGGACAUUUGACAACAGUUUCUAUCCAUACAUCAUGGGGUGGCCUCCCUUUUUGAUUGGCAAUGAUAAUGAUAUGGCACUUGGCUAGUUGGCUCAGGUGUUUAGUCUAGUGUGAAACUGGUUAGGGUAACUUAAGAGGAAGGUGGAAACUUGGUUUGGUUAAGUUAUUACUAUCCCCUAUCAUGUCGUUUGCUCCUUUGCUUUAUUUAUUAUGUCGAUGUAAUUUGUUCUAGAAUUCUAAUAUCUAUCCUAUUUUACUGGUUCUUACUACA